CCACGGUCUCGCCAGUUCUGUUGGAGCUGUGGUGUGUGGAUCCCUCGGUGUAGUGGGUCAACGUCGGAGCUGGUUGUGCGAGCACAUUUAACCUCUCUACAGAACUGUUUGAUUUGAACGAGUUUCUAGUUUGAAGAUGUCGACCACAGCGAACGAGAACGCCUCACCCCGUUUGACCAAGUUUAAGAACAAGGGGAAAGACGCCAAUGAAUUGAGACGCAGGAGAAUUGAAACCAACGUUGAACUGCGAAAAGCCAAAAAAGACGAUCAGUUGUUCAAAAGAAGGAACGUGAACAGUUUUCCCGAUGAAGCGUUAUCGCCCCUUCAGGAGAAGAACUCUGUCCAGAUGCAUAUGAAUUUGGAAGAAAUUAUCCAAGGUGUUCAGUCCAAUUAUUUGGAAACUCGACUUCAAGCAACUCAAGCUGCUAGGAAGCUGCUUUCUAGAGAAAAGCAUCCUCCCAUUGACAGAAUCAUUCAGUCUGGGCUCAUCCCCAAGUUUGUCACUUUCCUUGGUAACUUUGACUGCAGCCCAAUUCAGUUUGAAGCUGCUUGGGCUCUCACCAACAUAGCUUCUGGAACAUCAGAUCAGACCAAGGCAGUUGUUGAUGGUGGCGCUAUUCCUGCUUUCAUUAGUCUCCUGGCCUCGCCACAUCCCCACAUCAGCGAACAAGCAGUGUGGGCACUGGGAAACAUUGCAGGUAAUGGUUAA